AUGGGCGGUUGUAUGAGCUCCAGCGCCGAGGAGGCGGAGCAGAAGAAGAAGAGUCAGGCCAUUGACAAGGGUAUCGAGGAGGACUCCAAGAGGUUACGGAAAGAAUGCAAGAUCCUGCUCCUCGGCUCCGGCGAGAGCGGCAAGUCGACCAUUGUCAAGCAGAUGAAGAUUAUCCACCUCAAGGGAUAUUCCGAGGACGAGCUCUUCAACUACCGAUCUACCGUCUUCAAGAACCUGGUCGACUGUGCAAAGGCCAUCAUCGCCGCCCUGGAGCAGUUCGACAUUAAGCUACAAGGCCCGGACAACAGGCGCCAUGUCAACUUCCUCAUGGAGUACCAAGCCGAGCCCGGCCCCGAGGCGCACAUUGACCCGGAGGUGGGCGAGGCCGUGAGGGCAUUGUGGUCCGACCCGGCCACCGACGAAUUGAUGACGCGGCAGACCGAGUUUUACCUCAUGGACUCGGCUGUGUACUUUUUCCAAGAGGCGAUGCGCAUCGUUGCGCCAGACUACCUGCCCAACGAGAUGGAUGUGCUAAGGGCACGGACAAAGACGACGGGCAUCUACGAAACGCGCUUCCAGAUGGGCCAGCUCAGCAUCCACAUGUUCGACGUGGGCGGCCAGAGGAGCGAACGGAAAAAAUGGAUCCACUGCUUCGAAAACGUGACGUCAAUCAUUUUCUGCGUCGCCCUCAGUGAAUACGACCAGGUCCUGCUCGAGGAGAGCAGUCAGACACAGAACCGUAUGAUGGAGAGCUUGCUGCUUUUCGACUCGGUGGUGAAUUCACGAUGGUUUAUGCGGACCAGCAUCAUCCUCUUCCUCAACAAGGUCGACAUCUUCAAGCAGAAGCUCAGCCGGUCGCCGCUGAACAACUACUUCCCGGACUACUCGGGAGGCAACGACGUCAACAAAGCAGCCAAGUAUCUGCUGUGGCGCUUUAAUCAGGUUAACAGAGCGCAUCUCAAUCUGUACCCCCACCUAACCCAAGCAACGGACACGUCCAACAUUCGACUCGUCUUCGCAGCCGUCAAAGAGACCAUCUUGAACAACGCACUUAAGGACUCGGGGAUUCUUUAA